AUGGUAUACACUGGUAAGUAUACAGAUAAAAUAUUCCGGAAUAUGAAUAAGCCACUUGACUGUAUAUAAGUAAGCUGCUGACUGCAUAUCCAAAGUGAAGUAGAUUAAUUUAAUUUUUAUCGUUAUCCAGUACUUAGAAAAUCAUUCACUGGAUACAAAGAAAAGUGUUUAGUAAACGGGAACAAAGCUCCAAGCGAGAUUCAAGACUGUGUCAUGGAAGAUAAAUUAAAUUGCAAGAACAAGCAGUCUGCUGCAUCUAUUAUCCAAAACUCAUUUUUCGAGAAGUGUGUUGUACUGGGUCAACUAAAGCAAAACAAAGGUACGGGUUGCAUGGUUUCAUUGUCAAUUGUCAACUUUUUAUCAGUAUCACACAUUACACUCGGAUACGAGUUUCUUCUCCUUGAUACCACGGUAGUGAACCAUUUUCAAUAUCUACUUUAGUGAACCAUUUUCAAUAUCUACUUUGAUCUUUUCUGAUCAAAUCUGAAUCUCAAUUGCUUAUUUCAAGAAGUCAUACACUCGAAGUCGUUUAUUAAAGUAAUUGUAAAACACCACAAAACUCAAAAACGAAACCCUACAUGCAGCAGAAGUUUCUGCGUUACAUUCGGUUUCCAUAUGGCAUAUCCUUAAUUCUCAUGCAAAAAUCCAAUAUACUUUUUUCCCGUCCGAACACAGAGGUCCGAACAUGAAUAGCUUGUUAUAUAAACCUUAUGUACCAACGGAACUUUUAAGGCUUCAGUACUCUGGCUUACGCCAUAUGUUACUUUUUAAAAGCGUCCACAGCAACGGCAUGGAAUUUCUUAACCUACCAUACUGUCUAACAUGGUAAAUUUCUAUUUCUAUUUAACAGGUUUUCUCACCGUGGGCUAUAUACACACAGAAAAUUGUGGAAAGUGCGAAAAAUUAGAAAGAUCUCUGGAAUCCUUAUUUUCACAUUUAGAGAAGACAAACGAAAAUCAAGUAUCAGUUGUAAUUCUUUUACGAGACUGCUCAGAAACAGAUACAGCAAAGUUUCUCGAUAAAAUGCACAUCAGAUACAACUAUUGGAUUAAAAAUGAAAUCUUACAGAUUGUUAAAAUACCAGACGGUUUUAAAAUCCAGUCAAAGGACAAGAGCCAAUAUUGGGAAACAUUUACAUCCCACAGUCCAGAGUAUAUCGAGAAAGCAAAAUCUCUAAUCAGAUAUAUUGCAUUUCUUUGGAAAUUCUCUGCUAGACAAUCGGACUACUUUAUUCAAUUCACAGAUCACGUGAUAGUCGAGGGUGAUUUAUUGUCGUCCCUGCUGAUCUCCGUCAAAAACUGGACUACCAGUCAUUGGCUUUGGGCUGAAAACUUUCGAGGUUUAAUAACUGGUAGUAUUUAUAAAACAGACAGUUUCUCGGAGUUUGUUGAGCUUUUUGAUAUAUUUGGCAGUUAUAUGCCAGUCAAUUUUAUACUAAAAUUCUAUAAGCGUAAUUUUCGAAUAUCACGAAGGGUUCGUGAAAUGUCAAAACCGUUGCCAAUUCGUGAAAAUUUUGAAUUCAACGGAGAUAAUCCUGCAGCUGUCGUGACAACAUCACUAGUUCUCGGAGGAGAUGUGCCCAUUCAAGACUUGUACAAGACUCGCAAAGGUUUUUUCUGGGCGUGGACACCAAAAGAAGGAGAUUAUAUACUGAUUAAUUUCAAACAGUUAAUAAACAUCAAGCGGGUGCUGAUUGAAACUGGAACUUAUCUCUAUGAAGAUAUAUUUCCGAGUGGAGAGGUAUCGGUUUUAUUUGGAGAUGAAACCAUGAAAACCUCAUCCAGACCAGAUUGUCAUGACACAGGAAAAUUUCAAGCUGUGGCUGAAUUUAGAGAACCAAGUAUCGAGAUAAGUGGAAGGAAACUAUCUAGCAAAGCGAUUGGUUGUAUCAAAAUUAAUGUUAGCCCAGUGAAAUCUAAAAUAUUUGACUCAUGGAUUAUCAUUCGAACUAUCGCAAUUUUUACGAAGUAA